AUGGCACCUUCCAUCGACCUCUUCGUCGCUAAGAAUGGCUUCGGUGAUCAAGACUUCUCCAGUCUAUCAUCUGACAUUGCCAUUAUUGGUGUCUCUGGGCGUUUUCCCGGCGAGGCAACUCCCCCCCGGAAUCUAUGGGAUAUGGUCGUGGAGGGGAGGAAUGCCAGGGAGCCCGUACCUAAGAGCCGGUUCAAUGCAGACGGCUUCUGGCACAAGGACCCUAGCCGGGUUGGGACAAUUGGCGGUAUCAAGCAAGGCCACUUCGUGAAGCAAGAUAUCCGCCAGUUUGACGCCGGUUUCUUUUGCAUUACGCCCGAAGAAGCCAAGGCAAUGGACCCACUGCAGCGUAUUCUCCUAGAGACAGCCUACGAAGGCCUCGAGAACGCCGGUCUGACAAUUGACCAAAUCGCCGACCAGCCCAUCGGUUGCUUCGUCGGCGGCGGGCAGAGCCAUGACUACUGGGACCUCCAAGCCUUAGAUCUGGAUAGUAUCCCAAAAUACUCGGCCACGGGUUUGGGAACCUCCAUCUUGUCGAACCAUAUUUCGUGGUUUUUUAACCUCAGAGGUCCGAGCAUGACCAUUGACACAGCAUGUUCAUCCUCGAUGACUGCAAUGCAUAUGGCCUGCCAGAGCAUUAGAAGCGGAGAAACCGAUUCGGCUUCAACUUGCGACUUCUGCCAGUCUUUUGACAUAUUUGCCACCCCCAUGUCGUUCCUUAGUAAAGACGACAAGUGCCACUUAUUUGACACGUCAGCCAAUGGAUACACUCGUGGCGAAGGCGGUGGCUUCGUCGUUUUGAAGCGAAUGGACCUGGCUCUCCGUGAUGGCAACACCAUCCGCGCCGUCGUCCGCGCCACAGGAGCCAACCAAGAUGGCCGGACUCUCGGUCUCACACAGCCAUCCGCAGUCAGACAAGCGGAUUUGAUCCGCCAGACAUAUGAGUCUGCGGGGUUGCCACUGCAUGAGACCAAUUACUUUGAGGCUCACGGCACGGGUACCGCGGCGGGUGAUCCCGUCGAGUGUUCGGCGAUCGGUCCCGCUUUUAGCUCGACACGACAACGUCCGUUGUACGUUGGGUCCGUGAAAAGUAACGUGGGACAUCUAGAGAGUUGCAGUGGCAUCGUUGGCAUGGUCAAGGCCGUUUACAGCCUCGAAAGUGGCUGGAUGGCACCUACCCAUGGCCUGACGAAUAUCAACCCAAAGAUCAAGCUCGCUGAGUGGAAGAUUGACAUUCCCACACGGGCGACUCGCUGGCCUGCUGGCCUCCGUCGUAUUAGCAUCAACAACUUUGGCUACGGCGGUGCCAAUGCUCAUGUUGUAAUAGACGAUGCAUACCACUAUUUGAAGAAUCACAACCUGAAAGCCCCGCACAACACCACUGUAGAAGAACUCUUAACCAACAGCAUCAAAGGUCCUACAACGAUACCCAAUGGGCCUACCUCCCGUCUCUUCCUUCUCUCUUCUCACGAGGAGAGUGGCAUUCACGUCGACGCGAAGAAGGGGUCCGAAGAGCAGAACCGUUUGCUGCACCGUCUGGCUUAUACACUCUCUGAGAAGAGGUCGAGCCUUCCCUGGAAAACGUUUGCCGCCGCCUCGACUAUCGAGGAGCUGCAACAGGCUCUGGAUGGAGCACGAACCCAAGCCACCCGUACACCGACCAAGGCCCGGCCGAUCACUUUUAUCUUCACUGGCCAGGGUGCGCAAUGGUAUGGCAUGGGCCGUUCUCUGCAGAAAUACCCCGUAUUCCAGAAGUCUCUGCAUGAGUCAAACGCCCACCUCAAGUCCUUUGGUUGCACGUGGGAUCUCCUCGUAGAGCUGAACCGCAGUGCUGAGGAAUCGCAGAUUGAUCCCCCAGACAUCAGCCAGGCAGCAUGCACGGCGUUGCAGCUCGGCGUCGUGGAUCUCCUGGCCAGCUGGGGCAUCCGCCCGCAGGUCGUGAUUGGCCACUCUAGCGGUGAGAUUGCAGCGGGUUAUUCAAAAGGUGCGUUCGAUAAGGCGGCCGGUAUGCGCAUUGCAUACUACCGAGGUCUCCUUACCAGCCAGCUCAGCAAGAAUGGUGCCAUGGCUGCCGUUGGCUUGGGUCCGGAAGCGGCCCAGAAGUAUAUCGACCGUGUCACAGCAGGCAAGGUCGUUGUUGCUUGCAUCAACAGUCCAGAAAGCACGACCUUGUCCAGAGAUGUGGAGGGCGUCAACGAGGUUAUGCAUCUGCUGCAGGCGGACGAUGUCUUUGCGCGCAAGCUCCGCGAGUUGACUGCGUACCAUUCCCACCAUAUGCAGCUCAUUGCUGAAAAGUAUCUUGCUGGAAUGGAAGAAGGCGCAUGGAAGCCCAAGUCGGGGCAUAAGGACGUCACCAUGGUCUCGUCAGUUAAAGGCAAGCCCAUCGAUGGCACCGAGCUUGUCCCUUUGUACUAUGUGGCCAACCUGGUUAGUGCGGUCAACUUCUCAGGCGCCGUCACGGCUGCUACUGAGGCAGGUCUCCUCGGAGGUAAGUUACGAAACCAAAACGGCAUUAAGGGAAGCCCUUACGCCAUAGUCGAGAUUGGACCCCAUGCGGCUCUGCAGGGGCCAUUGAAGCAGAUUAUGACCAGCGUCAGUGACAAGGUUCCGACUCCUCCUCGCUACUUGUCGGCCAUCAAGAGAAAGCAGGAUGCUAUUCAAACAUCCUUGGAGGUGGCUGGCGAGCUGUUCGUCCUGGGCCACCCAGUCGACAUGCGCUUGGCGAAUGCGUAUGAUAGUUACCGCGGCGUUAACCAUGGCGAUGUAACCGACGAUGGCAAGAUUUCUCCGCUUGUCGAACUACCCACUUACGCAUGGAACACGUCCAAAAAGUAUUGGAGCGAGUCGGCUGCCAUCUCGGCCUACAGAAACAGGAGCCAUGCGCGUCUUGAGCUGCUCGGCGCACGAGACGAUCGAUCCACAGAGCUGGAACUGUCCUGGCGUAACCUCCUCCGCACUUCGGAGCAACCUUGGAUUGAGCACCAUCAGUUCCAGAGCACAAACAUCUAUCCCAUGGCGGGUAUGGUUGUCAUGGCCAUCGAAGGCAUGCGCCAGAUCCAGACCCGCACUGACAUCGAGGGCUUCCAGGUGCGCGACAUCAAUAUUGGCAAGGCUUUGGUGGUUCCUAUCAACCAGACGAUUGAGACGAGACUCCAGCUCGCACCAUGGCGCUCGUCACCUAUUGCGAACGAAGAUUCGUCGUACUGGACCGAGUUCAAGGUGUCCAGCCGCAAUGAGAGCGGCACGUGGACGGCAAACUACAAUGGUUUGAUCAAGGCCAUUUACACACCAGAGGGAGAUUCGGCUACUGGAAAUGGUGUAUUCGUGAACGAAGAGGCGGCCGCCAACGCACAACUCCAGGCGGACUUGGAGCCCGCAGUAUUUUACGACAAGCUCGACAGUGCCGGAUUUCAUCUGGGCCCAGCCUUCCAAGGAGUCAAAAAGCUAAACCUCCUCAACGACAAGUCGCACUACACCGUUGAGGUAGAGGACACAAAGCAGUAUUAUCCUGCAAAGUGGGAGCCUCCACAUCUAAUUCAUCCAUCUGUCCUAGACGUUUUCGUGCAUCUCUUAACCUCGAGUGCGUGGUAUGGCGAGGACUUCACGGCACGAAUGCCCGUAUCCACGGCGUCCAUCUAUGUCUCGACCAAGUUUGAUUCGACCCCGGGUAGCAAGUACCAUGGCUUCUCGCGCACCUACAAGCUCGGCGGCGGCGGCGACAAGAUGGCGAGUGAUGUGUUUGCCUUUGGCGAGGAUGGAGACGACAAGCCUGUUAUUGCGCUCCGUGGCUGUGAGCACGUGCCGCUACGUGGUUCAGGUGCACAAUCGGAUGUUUCUGGUGGUGCAUCUGCAUCUCUUGGUGGCCAUGUUCCUAUUGCUCCACGCCUGGCUCUUGAUGUGACAAUGAUCGAUGCUACUCAGAUCCAACAGAUUCUGCAGGAUGAUCCCAACCUCGCUACCUCACUGGGUAAAUACGUGACCCUACUUGCCCACAAAUAUCCUGCUUUGGACAUUCUCGAAUCCAAUUCGUCUGCGAACAGUCUUCUCACACGGGCUCUUCUUGGGGGUGGAGAGGAGAUUCAUAAGCGUGUCAAGUCGGUAAUUCUGUCCGGCGUCGUGGCCCUUGAGGAGCAAUCUAGGCCUUGGAAACAGUUGAUCCAUCAUCAGCAGCUAAAUCUUACAGAGGACCCUGUUGAACAAGGCUUCGAGGAAGCCUCUCGUGAUCUUAUUGUGUUAGACACUGCUCAAACGUAUGAAGGCGAAAAUGCCGUCAUCUUGGCCAACAUCAAGAAACUCCUGAAACCCUGGGGUAUCCUUUUAGUAGCAAAUGAAGAAGUGUUAGUGUCCGCAGGCUUCACUGCCCCUACCUCGAUCAAUAUCUCCGACGCCUCGUGCCUCACAAUCGCCUCUGUGACACAGCAAAGCAACGCCGCUGUCCAAAACAUUCUAGUUGUCAUGCCCCAAAGCCCAUCACCUAAGCUGAGCCGAGCCGUGGAACAAGUGGAGUGCGAGCUGAAACAGGUGCAUAACUAUAAUGUUGUCAAGUUGCCCUUUGACGCCGCCACUCCUGAACAACUCUCGUCGUACUUGGCUCUCUUUGCAUUGGAUCUGGACCUUCCUUUCCUGGAAGAUCUAGAUGAGGAUUCCUUUGUCAAGCUUCGCUCCUUGAUUCUCGGUACCCAGGGGACGUUGUGGCUGACUUUAGACACUGCCUCUGGGGGUCUCGUAAAGGGUCUGGGUCGCACAAUCCGCAGCGAGUACCCAGAGAUUCCCUUCUCCACCCUCUCUCUCGACUCAGCGGCGCCAUUUGAUGCAGACGUCAAUGUGCGUACCAUUUCCCAACUCAUCAGCACCAGCAAGACGCUAGAUCGAUCCACGGACUCAGAGUAUGUCAUUCGCAAUGGUCAAGUCCUGGUGGAACGACUCGAGCCGCAGACCGACCUCAAGACCUUAUUGGACGCGGCCCGGUCCGGACAGAGCCUUCCCACGGUUACAAUGCCCUUGAAGGACCGCGGUGAUGAGACACUGCGUCUGUCCUUCCGAGAGCCUGGUUUACUCGACUCGUUUGAAUACCACCUCGUGCCCGGCUUGACCGCUCUGGAUCCCGUGGCCGAGGGCCAGAUGGAGAUCGAGGUCCAGUUGGUCGGCUUGAACUCUCGUGACGUAAUGAUGGCCACUGGCCAGGACGAAGAUACCAACAUUGGCAUGGAGUGCGCGGGUAUCGUGUCCCGGUUGGGCCUCGGCGUCACCAAGUUCCGUGUGGGCGACCGCGUGUUCGGCCUGCACGGCGGUUGUUUCCAGACCCGCCUGCGCGUAGACCCACGCACCUUUGCGCACACCCCUGACUCCAUCACCGACGAGGUGGCCGGAUCGCUGAUGGGCCAGUACCAGACGGCGGUACAAUCGCUGAUCAACGUCGGCCGCCUGCAGAGGGACGAGUCCGUUCUGAUCCACUCUGCGGCCGGUGGUGUCGGCCAAGCAGCCAUCAUUGUCGCCCAGUGUCUUAGCUCCAAGAAGGUCUUCUGUACCGUCUCUUCGGAGAAGAAGAAGAAGUUCUUGAUGGCCGAGUACGGCAUCCCGGAGGCGCACAUCUUCAACAGCCGUGACCAUUCGUUCGCCGAUGGCGUCAUGCGCCUGACUAACGGACAGGGCGUGGACGUCGUGCUCAACAACCUCGCCAACGAAGCACUUCGACGCACAUGGAACUGCGUGGCGCCGUUUGGCCGCUUCAUCGAGCUGGGCAAGCGCGACAUCCACGACAACUCCGGCCUGGAGAUGCGGCCGUUCCUCAACAACAUUAGCUUUUCGGGUCUUGACAUUAACACCCUCGUCACUGAGUAUCCCAACAAAUGCGAGAAGCUCAGCUUACAGGUGGUUGAGUUGCUAGAACAAGGAAUCAUUAGGCCCCUGAAGAACGUUACGCAGUUCAGCUUUGGACAAGUGGAGCAGGCGUUCCAGCUGAUGCAGAGCGGCGAUAACAUGGGCAAGGUUGUUCUGAUUCCACGGCCUGACGAUGUUGUUCCUAUCAUCCCUGGAGGCCUCGGUGCGUUCAGACUAUCUUCUAACAGCACCUAUGUUCUCGUCGGUGGUCUUGGCGGCAUUGGUAGAUCCAUUGCCCAGAUGCUCGCUGAUAAGGGCGCUAAGCAUUUCGUAUUUCUGUCUCGAUCUGGCAAUACGCGCCCAGAGGCGCAAGCCCUGCUCGAUAAGCUGCAGGGACAAGGUGUUACCUCGACAGUCACGGCGGUCGACGUAGCAGACAAAGCACAGCUGGAGGCAGCCUUGAACAAAGUAAAGCAAAGCUGUCCCCCGAUUAAGGGCAUGAUUAACUGCGCUAUGGAUUUGAAAGACGGCAUCUACAAUAACAUGACCGCGAAAGACUGGAACUUAUCACUCCGUCCUAAGCUUAAAGCCACGCGCAAUCUGCACGAGCUGCUGCCGGCUGACCUGGAUUUCUUUGUCUGCUUGUCGUCUAUUGCUGGCAUCAUCGGAAACCGUGGCCAGGCCAACUACAAUGCUGGUAACAACUACCAGGAUGCUCUCAUGCACCACCGUGCCGCUUCAGGCUUGGCAGCCACCAGUCUGAACCUCAGUUUGGUCGUCGGCGUCGGUGUCUCCACUGAGCAGGAGAAUGUCUUCCAACUACUCAAAAAUGGAGAUCUGAUACCCCAGAACGAAACGGACGUGCUGAACCUUGUUACGGCCGCCGUCUCCGGUCGCGCGCCGACACAAGUUGCCAUCGGCACAGCCACCGGUGGCCAGCUCGACAAGUCGUCGUCCAACGACCCCUAUUGCCGACUGGAUCGCCAUUCUGGAGGCGACAGCAACGGCCAGGCAACAAAGGAGGACUGGAAGAAGCUGGUUGCAACAGCCACUUCCAAGGACCAGGUCCACGAUCUCGUGCUCGACGCGCUGGUAGCUGGCCUGUCCAACAUUCUCAAGGUGGAACAGGACGACAUCGAUUCCCGGAAGUCUCUGCCGGCUCUCGGCAUCGACAGUCUUGUUGCAAUCGAGAUACGAAAUUGGCUGCGCAAGGAGUUCCAGGCAGACUUGUCUGUUUUUGACAUUGUCAGCAACGAUCCGCUGUCGACCUUUGCGCCCAAAGUCGCAGCCAAGUCUGCCGUUGUCCCGGCUGCUCUUGCUUAA